GUGACCAGAAACUGUAACUUUUUUAGUUUCGGUUUGCAAGUUCGCGCGUGUGAUGAAAAAAGAAAAGGAUAAAGAGGCAUACGUUUUGGUGGUAAACUCGUCAAUUUACUGAGAUUACCUGUUUUUUCCAAUUAAAUGUGAGUCAAUAAACACAGAAAUGGGCAGCUGAAAGCUUACUCACAUAGUAAACAACAGGCUUAAAGCAAACUUCAGUUGCCAAGUCAAGAAAAUAUAUUAAAUUUAAAACACUUAUAAAUAAAAUUAAAUACAUCAGAAAUUAAAUGAAGCUGAAAUUAAGAAUAGCUUUUGUGUUAUUAUUAUGUUUUGGAAUGAUAGUUGUUUUUGCUUUUUAUUUCAGCUAUAUUGAAACUCCUUUACAAAAUCACAACAACCCUGAAACUUUAAAACAAGAACUUAUCAAGACAACAAUACCAUCGCUUCUAAAUAAAGAUAGGCGGUCUAGACUAAGCAAUAAGAAUUUUACUAUUCCCAGUGUAGCAUCAGUUGCUGGGAUUAAAAUUAAUAAUAAAUUACAGACUCUGAAUUUUUCUGCCAAUAGUGGUAAACAAGAGUACAUACACAUUUUGAAGUAUGUUAAAGAAAAUCUUCAAAGUGAUUUUAAAAUGAAAGUAUCGCCCUGGAGUCUUGCUGCUGGAUGGGUUAAGUCUCGUGAAAUACAUUCUGAAAAUACACCUGAGUUAGGGUAUGUAUUGAAUUCUAUGGUUUUCAACAAGAUCGACCAUGCAGGUAUUGGAUACAAAGGAACGCAACUAAAGAUGAUGUUAAAACUGGAAGGUGGUCAAGAAGUUAUAUUUAAACCGCAGAAGUAUAACAGGGAAUAUGUAGUUACUGGAUCUCCAUAUGCAGGAGCUGAUCGCCAUAAUGGAGAAAUAGCAGCAUUUCAUCUUAAUCGACUCCUUGGCCUAUGCCGUUCUCCACUGACUGUCGGCAGAAUUAUAAAUCUCAAGACAGAAGUUUUACCUGUAGCAUCGGAAAGUUUAUCAAAAACAUUUUUCACUAGAGAUAAUGACACUUGUUUUUAUGGCCAUUGUUAUUAUUGCUCUCCGGCUGAUCCCGCAUGUGGUACUGGAGAUGUUAUGGAAGGAGCUUUGAUACUCAUGUUUCCUGAAAAAUAUAGGUUAAAAAAAUAUCGCAGCCCCUGGCAAAGAACUUAUAAAGAAACAGUUACUGCUAGGUGGGAACAAGACUUCAACUAUUGUGAUCAAAUUAGGAAAAUUAACAUUUAUAAAAAAGGAAACAGGCUUUUAGAUUUGAUUGAUGCUGCUGUUUUUGAUUAUUUGAUUGGAAAUGCAGACAGGCAUCACUAUGAAGUCUUUGCUGAUUUUCCAGACAGCAUUGUUAUUUUACUUGACAAUGGUAAAAGUUUUGGGAAUCCAUAUUGGGAUGAAUUAACAAUUUUAGCUCCUUUGUAUCAAUGUUGCAAGAUUCGCAGAAAAACUUAUGAACGCUUAUGGACAUUUGUUGGCCAUCUUGGUCUAUCCCUUAAAUCCAUUUUAAGCCUUGACCAAUUGUCACCUGUUCUCUCUCAAUCACAUUAUGAAUCACUUGAUAGACGAUUGAAAACAGUUCUUGCUGCAAUUGAAGUGUGUUUAGAUGAUAAUGGUGAAGAGAAAGUUCUUAUGGACACAAUUUAACUAAAAGCUUUCAAUAUGUAAUGUCUGAUUCAUGCAUUUUAGUAUGAUUCUGACAAUAUAUUUUUAUUCUGUGAUAUUUUACAUUGCCUUUAUACUAUGAAUUGUUUUUUUUAUUAGUUUGACCUUUAGGGAAGUAGACUUCAUUAUGAAUAUCACUUCCACUUUGUAUUCAAAAAUUCUGUAAUCUUUAUUUAAUAGUUGACUUUCUUAAUAUGUGUUAGUAAGCAUUUUUUUUUUAUUCUGUAAAAUAAUAUUACAAUUCCAUAAAACAAUUUAGAGUGCUGUUUUUAUGAAGGGCUAUGAUGGUUUGAAUUUUGAAACUCAUAUGAAAAUUAUAUUUUUAUUCUGUUAUCUGUCCAUUUCACUUUGCAAUAUUUCUCAAAAUAAUGGAAAAUAAAUAAAACAGUUACUAUCGUAUACUAGGAACCUCAAGUGUUGAAGGAAAUUGUCAGAAAACAUGAUUAGAAAUUUUUAAUGUGGUGAUAAUUAACCUCAUUUUGCAGGUUAAAGUUUAUUUAGUACUAGUUUACAUAAUAUCAAUACUGUAAAUUUAUGUGAAAAAUUAAAUUGUUUUGUGUUGUUGAAUAUUGUUUAUUGCAAUGUUUUUUAACGUCAAAUAGUAUAAAAAUACCAGUGUUCGUAAUAUUUAAAUAAUAACAAGUGAGGUCUAUACUGAAUCCCACUUCGAUACUUAUCUCUUUGCCAUGCAAGAUUUAACGGUUUAUGUUUAAAAUGCUUUUUUUUUUUAUUUGCGUUUUCCAAAUCAAUCAUAAAUUCAGUCAUACCUCAAUUUCACUAAUUUGUUGAUAUCGUAAGUCUUUGGUCAUUUGUUAUUUUGAUAACAGAAAAUUAUUUCUUAAUAAAAUUAAUCUUUAAUUUUACAAAAAUUUUUGGUAGCAUUUUAAAAUCUCACCCAUUAAUCUUCCUUAUUUAUUUUCACCAAGGUACAAAAAUAUUUUUGCAAAGGAUUGUUUUUUUUUUCUUCCUUUGAAUAACACUAGGUAGACUUGGUAAACUAGAAAGUAAUCAAGUACUAUGUCUUAUUGAUUUUGGGCAACCAAGUCCAAUCCUUGCUUUCUAGUGAAAACAUUUUUCUUCUUUUCUUUUAACCUUGGAUCUCAAAAUAGGAAUUUUCCUUUUUAUUUGAUUAGAUAAAUCAUUUCAUAAAUUAAUAAAUCUUUUUAUAUAUUAAUUUAUAUAUAUAUGGAACUAUAUAUAUAGAAAUAAGACUUGCAACGUGAUUGAUUCAAAAAGCUCACCUCAGACAUUAUUAUGUCAUGAAUUUAGGCUUAACAGCAAAACCCUCCCGUUCUUGACAAGUGCUUGCGUAAAAGAAAGCUAUUUGUGGGUGUUUUCAACUCCUGUUGCGAAAGGGUUAAUAAAAUGCAUUUUCUGAAUAAACAUACCUCCGAA